AAGUAGGCACGCUGCCACGGUAUUACUCCGUACGCAAUCAUACUGUACGUCCUUCCUGCCAAAGGAACAACUUGGCCUUGCCGUACUUUGCGCUUGCACUUGCCUGUGGACGUCAGUCAAGACAAAUCUCGACCCCGACUCCAACCCUGACUGACAUCGGCCAACAUCGUGUCGUCGAAUGUACCUUCCAUCUCACUCCAUCUCCUUCAUCCAUUAGGCCACUUUACAUCUCUUUUAUACCCGUCACAGCGAGAAUGGACACUCAAUUAUUCACCAUGUACACUUUUGUCCAGUGACUUUGGCUAUCUGCAGCUUCCUAGCACCCGUUCUUGCAUUUCCUCAACAUCGCUCCAUCCGCCCCCUGCGCGAAUGCAUCGCAGCGUCCAAGACUUUUUGUCCAAUCCCACCCCAUCAACAGCCUCUGCCAGUUGUUAAAGGCAUGGCCCAGACAGGUCACUGGCUUCCUGCUCUCCGGCCUGAAGCUCUCGAUUACUCUCUGCCCCCCACUGGCGUCAAUGACUCGGAAUACACCCAAGCUGUGGCUGCCGCAGUUGAGACCGACCUUCCUGCAAACACCACCGAUGUCCUACCGAGAGAAAGCGAUUCAGCCCCCUCGCUGUAUGAAGAACAACCAUCACACAUAGAUCGUCCUCCAAUCAAUGGCCCUGUCACCAACGUCGCCCAUGAGCCAAGUCCGCCUUCGACCCAAAUUCCCUCAUCUCUGCCCGCAAAAGCUACAGAACAUUUUGAUCAAGGUCGAUUCUCAGAUGACGAGACUGACCUCCUAGAUCCCGCCUGGGGAAUUCGUCGUGUCGAUACAACGCAGCUUCUGCAGAAUGUCAACCGCUCCAACAGUUUCCCUGCCGUCGCAGCGCCUUCUCCUCCCCCAGUCCUCGAUCCCAACACCGAGCCAGACGUCGAAACAUUGGAGGCGUCGGCGGAAUUCCCCGGUUCAACAGACCAACAUGACGUCGCAACAAGUGAUCCUCAGCAGGUGGCUUACCAUGACGAUGAGACCGAUCUGCUCCCCUCAUCAUCAUCUUGGAACAAUAUCGCGAGCACGUCACCAGUGAAUGAGGUGGUGACUGAGGAAACACAGCGAUUUGAAGAAGGCAUCCCCCUUAUGCAUCACUCACAGUCACCCGAAGAUCCACCUAAUCAGGAGAACAGUCCGCAUCUGCCUGGCGACGAUCCAUUUGCUCUUGUUCCUGACGACCCCGAAGCCUCCUUCUUUUCCAACCAGCAUGAUAACCAUGACCCUCACCCUCCUCGUCCCCCUCCUCUGGAUCGCAAAUCGACUGAGCAAGUCAUGAGUUCCCUUACACUCUCUCACCAACCUGACCUCGACAUGCCACCUCGUCCUAAAGAAGAAGAUUCUUCCUUCUUUGACAAUUUGGGUGAUAGCCCUCAAGUCAAUACCGCAGAUGCAGAUCCACUUCCUGAACCUGACGCGUCUCUAUGGGCAGCUGCCCUUGAUGAUGAUGAGGAGUUUUUGGUGGAAGACGCCGACGAUCUCCUCCCGGAUUCCGAGCCUGGUUCACCUUCAUCCUUCAUCGCUUCUUUACAAGAAUCUGCACCCGCUACCCAGUCCAACGACGUGUCAAAUGUCAACCCACCUUCUUCAUUCAAUCCGCCUCGGAGGCAAAGUUCUGCCAAUCCCUACGCUCCCCAUCAGCCGUCCGUGACUGACAUGCUUCAAUUGUCUCCCUCUUCCAACACAACCCACGGCCAGCUCGGUCUGUCUCGACCCGGUCUAGGCCAGAACAAUUCCUUUCAAGCUCAUGUCCAGAAUCAGCGGCCCCCGGCUCCACAACCUACCAAGAGCUUUGUCGACCAGGCCAAAGAUGGCUAUAAAUCUCCUUACGACCUUCCUCUCGAGCUCAGCAAGCCGCGAAGACGCGCCCACGCACCACAACCUGUCCAGACCUCCAAGACUGUUGCGCCACCCCCUCGGAGCAGUAGCUUAACCGGACCGCUCCAGUCCCCGUUCAGCCCAGCCAUAUCGUCGACCGCUGCUCCAGUCGCACCACCGGCAGCCUUGAAUUCAACCUCGGGCGAGGGUCGGAGCGUGUCAUCUUUUUCACCGCCGGUCAAGCCUCCAGACCGGAAGGCGAGCACUUCGUCAAGCUUUUUCGAAGAACUACCUCCGGUCUCCAAACCUCGUCCUUCGUCCAAUUCCGGACGCUAUACCCCUCAACAACCCCUUGCUCAAGGACUUCCCCAACUCCCACCACAAAGCCCGCCACAGGCCGAGCCACAAGCUCCUCUCCCCUCUACUCAAGCCUCAGACCCUUAUGCACAAUUCCAGCUGCGAGCUCCUGACCGCUUAGACCCCUAUGCAAAUCUUCCACUUCAACCUCCUGCCCCUGCUCCAGCAGCACAAAGCUCUCGAUACUCCCCAGCACCUCCUGUGGCUGCCUCUGCUGCCCAAAGACCAGGCGUCGGGCCUCGGUACUCCCCUGUCCCACCUAGCCAGCCGACAACUGCUCAACCAAACCGCUACGUCUCUCAACACACGCCACCUGUCCUUCAGCCACAAGCACCGCCGUCCAGCACCAUCAAACAAGGACCACAGGCUUCUGUCGUGCCUGCACCCCUGCCGAAUAUACUGCCAUUUCAGCCUCGGACUUCCAGCCCACUUGCAUAUCACAAGCCGUCUGUUGGUGAAGCGGCCAAUCUGGCAGCCUCGGCACCCACUAUUCCGAGAUCCGGGCCGCUGGCUAGACAGGUUUCUCACACUGGAAAUUACACACCGCAACCUGCUGUGUCUACUCCUGGAUCUGCGGUAUUCCCGACUUCUAACCCUUUGUCGUCUCCGCCCAGAGCAAUAAAUCAAGGAAAUUUGCCUCCUCCACGGAGGUCACAGACACAGUCGCCUUCGAAGCAACGCCCCCAGCCAGCGUUUCAGCAACUCGCCCGAAACGAGUUUCCCACCCGCCCGGCUUCGGCCUAUGGCCAAUCUGCACCUGUUGGACCGAGUGCACAAUCGGGACCGAAUGCGCUGCACCGCCCCCAGUAUCGUACGGGGUCAUCCGUUGCGGAGAUGGACUUUGUCCGUCCCGUGGACGACAGUCAAUUUGAUCCCUUGGAACGAUGGAAAGGUGCCCCACUGUAUAAAUUUGGGUUUGGUGGCGCCGUAGCCACAUCGUUUCCAAAGCAUGUUCCACGAUAUACUACUGGCGCUGCUAGGCCCCAGAUCAAGUCGUCUCCGGGAGAAGUAAGACUUGGCAGUCUGAAGGAAAUACUGCCUCAGAACGAAGGCAUCAAUUCCUUUCCGGGUCCAUUACGCUCCAAGACCAAGAAAAAGGAUGUUCUUGCCUGGAUGUCUAGCUACAUUGCUGGCCUUGAAUCUUCCACGUCACAACAAGAUUCGCUCCAUUUGUCCCUGGACUUGGCUAGAAUGAGAGACGAGAAAAUUCUUCUUUGGAAGAUCGUACGAGCUUUGGUCGAGCAUGACGGCACGUUGGAUGGGCCGGCGUUGAACACAGUCAAUAUCAUCCUCUCCCCUGAAACCCAUGCCGUUGACGCUGCUACCGCAAGUCAGUAUCGCGACCAGGACAGCCUCAGUGGUAUCUAUCGACCGUCCGGGUCCACUGCGCGACCCGAAUCCACAGACCCCAUGGCGGUCGAACUCUUACGUAAACGUCUCCUGAACGGGGAUAGGCAAGGCGCUGUAAUCCAUGCUAUGGACAACCGGCUCUGGUCGCAUGCCCUUAUCAUUUCAUCGACCAUGGACCGCUCAAUGUGGGGUCAAGUUGUGCGAGAAUUCGUCCAGCAGGAGGUCAAAGCAUCUGGGAGCAACGCUGAAGCAUUGUCCGUGCUAUACGAGAUUUUUGGUGGAAAUCUGGAGGACAGCAUUGAUGAGCUUGUUCCCCCUUCAGCUCGUGCCGGCCUUCAAAUGAUUAGCAAAACGGACAAUUCUGGCCCGACCAAAAACGCUCUUGAUGGCUUGCACAGGUGGAGAGAAACCUUGAGUCUAAUCCUGAACAACAGAUCCCCCGGGGAUCAUCAGGCGCUGGCAGUUCUGGGCAAGCUGCUUCAGGACUAUCAAAGGACCUAUGCAGCUCACAUUUGCUAUAUCUUCUCGAAAAACCCUUCCACGCCACCCAUCUUCGGUGGAGUCGACAAUGAGCAGGCUCCGAUCGUUUUGCUAGGCGCAGAUCACAAGGCGCAGCCCGUGACCCUUUUCCAAGACCAGGACGCGAUUUUACUGACAGAAAUCUAUGAAUUUGCAACUAGUGUUCUAGCUAGUGGGUCGUCUACUGCAUCAAUUCCUCACCUUGCGGUGUACAAACUGCAUCGAGCAAUGCAUUUGUCGGAGAUAGGCCUUGCCUCCGAGGCCCAGUCUUAUUGUGACGCACUCUUGGCUUCGUACAAAUCCAGCAACAAGCUGUCUCCAUACUAUCACCCUUUGUUCACAGCAUCGCUGGAGGAUUUAUCGGCUCGAUUGAAACAAACCCCAAUUCAAAGCUCGUCUUCUUGGAUAGGGAAGCCCAGCUUGGAAAAGGUUUCGGGCUCUGUUUGGAACAAAUUUACCACGUUUGUUGCCGGUGAUGACAGCGAUGCCGAAUCCAAAGGGUCCGGCAAAGAUGUGACUGAAGCUGGUCCCUUCGCCAAUGUUUCCGGCACCCCGUCCGUCAGCCGUUCAGGUUCUCAACAUGAUAUAUACAGCUCGGUCUACGGCGUCUCCUCACCACCACCCCUAUCCAAUACAAUCGCUGCGUCCAGAUACGCACCAAAUGGAGUUCAGUCAGCACGUUCCUCUCCAGAAAUGACAAGGGCCCGACCUUCAAUUGAAUCUCAGACGUCUCCACCUGCGACUUCUCAGGAUCACCGCCAAUUCGAGACCAUGAACAUGCUGCAGACACCACAUACGAUUCAGCCACCAAAUCCGUAUCAACCUAUCAGUUCAGUGUCGCCCUCUGCGUCAUAUUCGCUGAGCCCACCUCGAUCUUCGUAUGUCCCUAACGGGUAUUCACACACAUCGACCGGUUUGAACCAACCCGGACAGGUUGAUGCUCCGAUUCCCACUCCCCCAGCCGAGGCCGUGACUCAAGAACCCCAUUUUGGUUCUGCAGCGUUUCCUGCAAUGAACGGGCCGUCGCAAUUUUUCCAUGCUGACGCCACGUCUUUUGGUCAGCACCAUCCGCAGGAAGAUGCAACAUCACUUCCACCACCGCCUCUCGAAGAAAAUGAGACCUAUGGGUAUGCGGAUCCCACACAAUCUUAUGGAUAUGAGCCACCGUCGUCUAACGGCUAUGUUCCUUAUGUUCCUGAGCCUGAUUCUCCCGAGGAAGCACCAAAGCCUAAGAAGAAGCCCUUCCUCGACGAUGGUGAUGACGAUGGCUAUCUGAGGAAUUCAGCGCCUGCGUCGCCUCCGGCGCACCGCCUAUCUUCUGAGACUGACACAGACCUUGCUGCUCGAAAGCGUCAGAAUGAUGCUGCAGCUGACGCCGCAUUCCGCGCUGCGGCAGAGGCAGACGCCGCGAGAGAAAAAGAAAAGACGCAAGCAAAGAGAAGCUCAUCCUGGUUCGGCGGCUGGCUCGGCGGCAAGAAGCCAGCAGAUGGCUUGGACGCAGGGCCAAGUAAGGGUUCGGAGCCGAAAGUAUACAAAGCCAAACUUGGUGAAUCCAAGAUGAAGUUAUAUUACGACAAAGAACUUGGUAAAUGGGUCAAUCCAGAUAAUCCAGAUGCUGCAACGAAGUCGGCCACCCCGCCACCCCCCCGGAUGGGUGGUACUCCUGGACCUCCCAGUGGGCCUCCGCGGGUUCUCGGAACCGGGCAUGGAUCGAGUUCUAGCCUUCCCAAUGUCAAUAGCGGAUCCCCCCUAGGCGCAGGAAGUCGAGCUGGAACUCCUCUGGGGGGGUUGGGAUCUUCGCCUGCGCCGCAAAUAGCUGCGCCAACUGGACCUUCUGGCCCAGCAAGUACGACGAGUACCCCGCCCCUCGGAGUUGGUCCAACAUCCCAUCCGGGCCUAGGACCUCCAUCCACGGGAUCACGACCAGGAACAGCGUUGAGCAACUCGAGUAGUAUUGAUGAACUUAUUGGACCGGCGAUGGGACGCAAGGGGCCAAGCAAGGGGGGCAAGAAGGCAAAAGGCCGUUACGUCGAUGUUAUGGCCAAGUAAUAUAAGAAGUGAGUGGGAUUUGAUAUGAAAGAUGGGUUUGUUUGAGCGACGCCCCAUCUGCUGUGUAUUGAUGAGAAGUCGAGUGACAAGUACAAUCUCUGUACAAAAUUAUUGAAGCGGAGGAUGUUUGAUCGUAACGACGAUCCAGGACUGGCUGUGAUGUACAUUAUACCGACGUCAAGGUUCAAGCUGAUAUCGCCAAAGUAAUUAAUGUAAUUGAUGAUCGUACAGCGGAUUGCGGUCCGAUCUGUUAUUUAAUCAA